UCCCCGCAACAACAUGACGGGGUACACCCCGGAUGAGAAGCUGCGGCUGCAGCAGCUGCGGGAGCUCAGAAGGCAAUGGCUGAAGGACCAGGAGCUGAGUCCCCGGGAGCCCGUGCUGCCCCCGCAGAAGGGGUGGCCCAUGGAGGAGUUCUGGAAGAACUUCGUGCGGAACGGGUCCCUCUGGAGGAAGCUGGCCUACAGCACAUACCAUAACGCUGUGUUUGCUGUUACUCGUAUACUUAUACCUGCUUGGAUUAUUCAUUAUUACAUCAAAUAUCAUGUGUCUACAAGGCCAUAUGCCAUUGUUGAAAAGAAGCCCAGAAUAUUCCCAGGUGAUAGAAUUCUGGAGACUGGAGAAGUAAUUCCUCCAAUGAAAGAUUUUCCUGAUCAGCAUCACUGAACAUUAUGUACAAUUUUCAAGGCCUAUAUAACAGCCCGUUUGUUCUAUCUAUACUUACUGAAUAUAUUCCUGGAAAAGUAACUAAUAAAGUGUGCUCUCAGAAAAA